AUGCAUCUCGCCAUACGCACCGCGUCAAGGGUGCGCGGCGCCUGUAAUUGCCGGGUUUUCACGGCAGCACCAUCGACCGGUGUACGCCACGCCUCGAAUGUCUCCAGGGAAGAAUUCACCAAGGAGGUCAUUGGCACAGUAAUUGGCCCAAAGAAAGAGAAGGCCGACACGAAGAAAUCACUCCGCCGUCAUCCCGACGCGCAAGCGGGAUCUAAGGUCAAGGUCAGGAGAGUUCAAGCGCCACCCCACGUCCGCCCCGAGAAGAAGAAAAAGCGCAAGGUCCCCAACAGGAAUUAUGACUUGUUCAUCAGGAAGCACUUCUCCCGCACCGAGAUAGACGGGAAACCAGGGAGAGUCUCAGCGCAAAUGUGGCCGGAGAGACCAUUGGCUGUGUUUUCACGCCGGCGCGCUCUGAAUCUUCUGAAUCUUCCAGCUGCGACGACCGCCAAAGAUAUUAUUCUGUCGCUUGAAAACGCUGCACACGAACACAAGAUCUCACAAAGGUCAGAUCGCGCGGCAGACAUCAAGAUUAAGCCCAGAUCAGACAGCUCAGAGGCGGUUGACGCCACGGUCGAUUUCCUGCACCCUGACGGCGCGCAGGCUUUCCACGACUUGGCCGUCAAGGGGCAGCUCAAAGUACGAGGUGUGGUGCCAGAAGUGUCAUUGGACGAUGCAAGAGAUCCAUCAGAGGUUCCACGCCCGUCCGGGGAAAGGGCCAUCGGAGAAGUACCCGACCAAGACCGCGCGGAAUUCUACUCGUCGCCGGAGCUUCGAAAGAUUGCACGACGGACGACUCUAAUCUACAAUUGA